AAAUGUUUUUAUGCCAUCGUGGCUGCCAAACGUACAAUUUUCCUGUCAUUCAUUUAUACGUAGUAAACGUAUACAGUUAGAUUGUAGCUGGAGAUCAUCCACUCGUUUCCUGAACUUCAAACGAAAAUAAGAUAAAAUGGACCAGGUCAGGACUUACAUUGAACCAGGACGUUCUUUCGCCAAGAACUCCAUGAGAUUGGUCAAAAGGUGCACAAAACCAGACAGAAAAGAAUUCCAGAAGAUUGCCAUUGCCACAGCAAUUGGUUUCUGCAUCAUGGGAUUCAUUGGCUUCUUCGUGAAGCUCAUCCAUAUACCAAUCAACAACAUCAUUGUAGGCUCAUAAGUGAUUUCCCCGUUCGUUUCUUUUUUUAAGCAAUAAAGAAUUUUUGUUAUUAAUAUCUCACA